UAUUGGUUCCAAAUACCACAGCAUACCCUCAGAGGUCAAGUGGAGUCUGUCUCAUUAGCUCUGGGCUGUUUUGGUGCGGAUCUGAUGAGAGGAGGGCCUACACAGCAUUAGAGUCGUCCUGUUCACCCUCACCGCCACCAUGACCUUCAACGGCACCUGGAAAAUUGAUCGCAAUGACAACUAUGAGAAAUUCAUGGAACAGAUGGGAAUUAACAUGGUUAAGAGGAAGUUGGCUUCUCACGACAACCUCAAGAUAACCCUUGAACAGACUGGAGACAAGUUUCAUGUCAAGGAGAGCAGCAAUUUCCGCAACUUGGAAUUAGACUUCACCCUGGGGGUCACCUUUGAGUACAGCCUCGCUGAUGGAACAGAAGUUUCUGGCUCAUGGGCCAUGGAAGGAGACAUGCUGAAGGGUGUCUUCAUCAGAAAGGACAAUGGAAAGCAACUGACAACAACCAGAAUUGUCCAAGGAGAUGAACUCAUUCAGAGCUACAACUAUGAAGGUGUGGAUGCAAAGAGGAUUUUCAAGAAGUGUUAGACUGAGCCCAAAAGUUCAAACUUCAUAGCGAGAUGUUAGACUCAGGAUUACAUACAGUAUUGUGUUGAACUGUCAACAACUUGUACCCUACUAACUUUAAAUAUGUGCACUACUUGUAAUGCCUGUUAUACAGUUUAAAAAAACACUUUGGACUGGAUAGUAUUUUGAUACCUGCAGUAAUAAAGCCUUCAUGUAACAACC